AUGGGUCAAACAUUGUCUGAACCUGUCACUACAAAAGAGACGUCUAAAUGUGAGAAUAAAUUUGUGAAAGUUGGUUCAUCAUGUAUGCAGGGAUGGAGAAUCAAUAUGGAAGAUGCCCAUAUUCACCUAUUGUCUUUACCAGGGGACAAGGAAUCUUGUUUCUUUGGUGUUUUUGAUGGACAUGGAGGCGGUAAAAUUGCCCAGUAUGCUGGGAAUAAUCUACAUAAAAAAAUUGUCUCACAGUCAUAUUAUGCACAAAGCCAAAUCAGUGAAGCCCUGAAACAAGGUUUUCUUUCUUUAGAUGAAGAUAUGUUAAAAGAUGAUGCCAUGAAAGAUGAACUCGCUGGAACUACUGCUGUUGUUGUUUUACUUAAAAAUAAAAGAUUAUUCUGUGCCAACGUAGGUGACUCUAGAGCUGUAGCAAGUGUUGGAGGACAGGUUGAACAGUUAUCAUUCGAUCAUAAACCAAGUAAUGAAUCAGAGUCUAGACGUAUUAUAGCAGCAGGAGGCUGGGUAGAAUUUAAUAGAGUCAAUGGUAAUUUAGCUUUAUCAAGGGCUUUAGGAGAUUUCGUCUUUAAGAAAAAUACACAGAAAAGAUCAGAAGAACAAAUAGUCACAGCGUACCCAGAUGUAAUAGAAAAGAAUAUAACAGAUGAAUAUGAGUUUGUGGUUUUAGCGUGUGACGGUAUAUGGGAUGUUCUAGCCAAUCAGGAGGUGGUAGAUUUUAUUAGAUGUAGAAUAGCAGAAGGCAUGGAACCAGAUGUCAUCUGUGAAGAAUUGAUGAUGAGGUGUUUAGCUCCAGAUUGUCAGAUGGGUGGACUAGGAUGUGAUAAUAUGACUGUUGUUUUAGUUUGUUUUUUACACGGAGGAACGUACAGUGACCUGGUCACGCGAUGUUCUCAGUCUAACCUCGGUACCGGUACGUAACUACUUCCUCACAGUUACAUCAAUAUUCCGAUUCCCUCAAUUUGAAAUAAAUGACUAUUUAUAAUGGUUUUUGUGUUGAUACAGAUUUUAAUUUUGUUGAAAAAAAUGUGAAAAAAUGUGAAAAUAUGUGAAAAACACAAAAAAAAAUGUGAAAUUAAAGAAGAAGAUAUAAAUUUUGUUAAAGACAGAAAAGAAUAUUUGGAACGAAAAAAAAAUUGUGGAAAUUAUUGAAAAAUGGUUUAAAUGAGGAAACUUCUAAAUAUGGAAUAAGAGGUUGAUUUCAAAUCAUUAUAGAGUUUUAAAUGUGAAAAAAAAAAGUGAAAAAAUAUUUAUAACAAGAUUUGAUAGUAUAUGGAUUUAAGAUUUGAAAUAUGUGGAAUUUGGAAGAUGGAAUAUAAUUUUGUGGAACCAAAAGAAAUAUUUUUCUACAAUGCUCCUGUAUUAUAGAGUUUUGAAAUGCCAUAGAUGAAGAAUUUGCUGCUUUCUAAAGUGUAGAAUGAGGUGUACUGAUUUAAGAUUAUAUGAUUAUUUAGUUAUUAAGACAUUCAGAAGCUUAUCGUUUAGAAGUUUUAUUGUAAGUUUGAAGUUUGAUUUGUAAAUAAUAUUUAAAAUAAUAAGAAUCAGUGAUGAAUUCAAUUUUAAGAAUUUUCGAGACUUUAAGGCCUAGUUUCAGAAAGUUUCAGAAAUCCUAAUAAUAAAAUUCAAAAGGCAAGAAAAGGAUCACCCUUAGUUGUAAAUGAAUUGUUCCAACUUCCUUUUUAAGAUUAUUAAGAUUGAAACAGCUUAUUUGCAGCUAUGGGGGUGUUUGGAGUAUAUCCAC